CUUGGUUGUGAAUGGUGUGAGUCCCUUUAUCCAUGAACUGACUGUCUUACUUCUACUUUUUCUCAUGAUCCUGGUUUGAGUCUAGUACUCGCAUUGAGAGAGAUAGGGAACGUCUUAGAAGACCAGUUGACCUCGUAAGCUGCUAUAUGAUCUAGGAAAUCCUCUACCGACGAUCGGGGUUGUAUGUUGCUAUAGAGCUCCGGAGAGCUGCAUUGGUUUGAUUUAGGUUUGCUUGGGGACAAGCAAACAGUUAAGUGUGGGGGGAUUUGAUGACUCGGUAUUUGCACAUGUUUUCCCCUUUUUUUCUUGAUUGUUUGAGCUUGAAUUAUCGUGUCUUUGGCCUAUUUUACGCUAGGUUGUGUUCCUUUGUCACAUUUCAGGUCCUAGCACAUAAAGUGAAGCAUAGGCGCAAGUUUCAAGUCAAUCAGAGAUCAAUUGACGAUUCGGGAGAAGAAACUCGGGUAUGACCUGAAGAAGAAUGGAUUUAUACCUCACUUUAUGGACAAAGAAUCAUGCAAGCUUGUCAUGAAAAGAAAGAGGACGAGACUACGAGCGUCUGGGAUCAAUCGGCGACUGAUUCGGAGUCCGGACGAAGGAGAAACGAAGCAUUAAACAGAGGCUGAGCAAGCCACACGGGCACGACCCACACGGCCGUGUGAACUGGCCAUGUGGCCGUGUGGAAAUCACCGAGCCUUCACACGGGCAGUUGAGAAAGCCACACGGCCGUGUGGCCUGGCCGUGUGAGUCGGGAAUUGCUGUUUAAAACCCGAUUUUCAGCAAAAGGAAAGAGGGAGAGCUGGGUUUUGGAUCCCAAACACCCAAGGGACGAACCCUAGAGAGAGAAAGCGACUUGGGAACAUUCUUGGAGCUAUUUCAGAGGAUUUCUUCGCCAUUGUAGCUCGGGAAUCAAGCUUGGAGAUGGAGAUUGAAGAUCUAGAUCAGAUUUCUGCAGUCUCUCUCUUCUCUAUGGAGUAACUUCCCUUCACUUAGGUUUUGAGGAACCUUAGUUCCAUGAGUUAGGAUCUUUCUUGUAUGAAGUUUUGGAUGCUAUAUUGUUUGAUUAUAAUCGAAUGAUGCAUGUUUAUUGAGUCAAUUGAAGUCUGAUCAACUUUUCCUGAUUCCUGCUGCAAUCUGAGAUAGAUAGAAUCUGAUUAGGUUGCUAGAGUCUCAUCAUUCGGUAGUAGGAGAUUGGCUAUACGAGAGUUAGCCAGUUUACUGCUUUGUACUGGAAUCCAAUUCCAGUAGUGGAGUUCUGUGCUUAUUGCUUCAGCUUUCUAUCCCGGUGAAGACUAGUCGUCUGCCGGAUAGUUAGACUGAGAGGGUUUGGUCAGCUUAAGAGAUUCCAAGCUACUGUCGGAUCUUCCGCAGUUUAAUCAACAGUAAAUCAACCAAAAGGAAUUACAACUUGGACCUAAUUGAGGAACUAGGGGGAAUCAUACCUAAGUGAGUUCCCAAACUGUAAUUAGUAGUUUUACUUAGUUUAGUUAGUAGAGUAGUUUAGUUAAUCAAUCCUUAAUCUAGUUUGCUAGAUAAUGAACUGAAGCUGAGUAAUAGUAACUCUAGAGACCUGUGGAUUCGAUAUUUAUUACUUGUGCCACUAUACUGCAGUCCCUUUCAUUGGUUACACUUGGCCAUUGUUAGGUGUUGUGUUUUAGAGCAUCACCUACUUCUAAACAACCAACCAAGCGGUUGGGAGAACGCUAGAGAUGAGACGGUUUCCUAGGGUCGAAACCUCCUAGCUAUUUAUAGAAAGCUGAUGGCGGUCAAUGCCUUUAGGACGUGACGUGAUGGUCACGGCCGUGACCAGCUGGAACGUCUCCGAGUCGCCCAAAAUGACGAGUUUUGGCUCCGUCUUUAAACUUGGAGAUCGCGACAAUGAUCUUUGUGUCCCAAGCGCGAUUUUUCUCGCGGCCAAAUUGCACCAUGUCCGCGAUUCGACUGGGAUAACUCUCUACCUUCUUCUUGGUUGCAUGCUGAAGUUCGCGAUUCUGUUCACUGUCGUGAUCCUCAAACCACGAACAUGGUCAUGGCAUGGUGGUCACGGCCGUGACAUGUGGUCGUGACCUGUGCAUCUUCUCCCCUGCUUGCUCCUAUGCUUCCCAAUCGUGUUCGGAUGAACUCCAAUCGAUUCUUGGUCAAUAACAAAUGCAUAUAAGACGU